AUAUUAAUAUGGUUUAAGGCGGGUAUCACAACGGCAUCAAACAAGGACUGGAGUACACUAUGACUUUCUUGGGCAAAGUGCUUCUUUUGGUAGCAGUCCACACGUAUUUAAAUGGCGUUGGUGGAAUUAGCCAAGAGACGUCUUCACCCUACUGCUUUCGCGAUGCUGGCACCUGCAACAUUAGUCUGGUGUCUGCAGACAUGUCAGAAGAAGGAAAAAUGACUGCUUUGGAGGUUGUACAGAAAGGGAAUCAAAAAUUUACAUUUGAUGUUUAUAAGAUCUUAGCAGAGAGUGAUGGAAAUUUGUUUUUUUCUCCAACAAGUGUGCAAGUAAUUCUUGCGCUUGCACAUCUUGGAGCAAAGGGAAGCACUGCUCAGGAAAUUGCAGAGGGUCUGCAUCUUCCAUCUGAUAAGGCUAUUAUUGAGGAAGGGUUCAGUGCAUUAAUGCAUCAAUUAAAGGGAUCUGAUGACACAGUUCUUGAGAUAGCUAACAAGAUCUAUGCACAAGGUAGUUUCCCUAUUAAAGAAGAGUUCCAGGCAUCUGCAGCAAAGUUUCUAGCUGAAGCCGAGGAAGCUGAUUUUGUUAAAGAGGCAGAAAAGUCAAGAACAUUAAUUAAUGAAUGGGUAGAGAUGAAGACAAACAAGAAGAUACAAAAUUUAAUUCCCCAAGGUGCUUUGGAUGCCUUGACACGCUUAGUUCUUGUCAAUGCUGUUUACUUCAAAGGAAUAUGGAGUUCACAGUUUAAGAAAGAUGCAACAUCACCAAUGCCAUUUCACAUUACUGCCACAGAGGAAAAGACUGUUGACAUGAUGCAUAUCAAGAAAAAAUUUAUGUAUACAGAAGCACAACAGCUUGAGUCUCAAGUCCUGGAACUCCCCUACAAGGGAGAUCAGCUGAGCAUGGUAAUCAUUCUUCCAAAGAAAAUUGAUGGCCUUAGAGAACUUGAAAGGAAACUGGUAGAUGUGAACCUCCCUGACAUCUUACAAAAAUUGCGCAAAGUUGACGUGAAUGUAUAUUUACCCAAAUUUAAGCUGGAACACCAGGUAGAUCUGAGUGACACUUUGAAAAAGCUUGGCAUGAAGGCUAUGUUUGAUGACUGCAAUGCAGAUUUUACGGGGAUUAAUGAUUCCAAACCUGGUCUUGUUGUCAGCAAAGUCUUCCACAAAGCUUUCAUUGAAGUAAAUGAGGAAGGUACUGAAGCUGCAGCUGCAACUGCUGCAAUUAUACGUAACAGGAUGGCCCCAAUUCCACAGGAGCCAGUAUCAUUUAAGGCAGACCAUCCUUUCAUAUUCUUUAUAAAGGAGUACCAAACACAAAUUAAUAUCUUUGUUGGACACUUAAGUAAUCCCUGAAGUAUUUAAUACUACACAUAGUAGCUAUUCUAUGGUGUAAGUUCUGUUAAUAUUGUUGCAACUUAUUUACAAGAAAGAAAAAUUGUAAAACUAAUGUUGUAUCAAUGUUUUUAUCAAAGAAGAUUAAAAUGCAUGAUAAUAAAGGGUGUGCAUAAAAGAAUGUCCUAGUUGCAAUGGUGAAUUAUAACCAUUUAAUUUAGAUUCUUUAUUACAAAUGAUACAUAAAAUUGAAGGUAAACUAAUCUAGUUUUUCUUAUAAAUGUUCAAUAUACACACCUUCAGUUUUAUGACAUGUAUCCAAACCAAAAUCCAAUUCCCGGAGUUUUUGUUAAAAGCCCCAGAGUAAUUGAAGAAAUAGCAUCUUCAGUCCUAUAUCUUAAUUCCGCAAAAAUAUUAGGUAGUGCUGGAAUGUAAAUAUAAUCUUUUUGACACCAAUGGCAAGGUAUAUCAUAGUGUAAAGUCAGAUGAACGUGGAGGUCAAUGGAAAAUUGCUUUGUCCUAUUGACCAUUAUGACCAAUACAACACUCAGGCACUUCGAUGUUCAGCCACUCUCACACAAGAAGAUGUCAGUGGGGAGGUGCUCUAUCUCGUUGCCAAAUGAAGUUUAUAGGUUCACCUUUUAAUUGGGAUUCAUCCUUUCUUGCAACAUAUCCAGAUAAGUCACCACUGUUAUGGUAGAUUCAGUGGAAAAAAUUUGACAAUACUCAUGAUGUUGAGACAUGGCACAGAAAAUAUUUAAUUUUGUGGAAUCUCUUUGAUUAUGUACAAUUUCAUGAUGACUGUUUGAUCUCCAGAUAUGGAAAUUAUGGAUAUUUCUCAUCCCAUGUGAAUGAAAAGGUUCUUCAUCACUGAACUCCACAUGAUCAAGAACGGUACUCAUCCAACUGCAACACCUCACUUGUAAAGCUAUAACAUACACCAUAACCAUCACGCUUUAAAGCGUGUAUCAGCUGUAAUUGGCAUGGAUGCAUAUCUAAACAUUUUCUUAAUCCCCGCAGUACUGUGGAGGGAUUACUUUCUGCACUUCUUGAAAAAUAAUAUUUCUUUUUUUUUAAUGAAUUCUUAUACCAGAAUCUAUAACUGUUUGAAAUUUUUCUGUUAAAUAUAACCCCAAAAUUUAAGUUUUAGUAGUGAACAUCACUUUCUGCAACAAAUGUCAUAUUUAUAUUUUGGAGUUCAGGAGCCUUCUUGCAUAUCCAAAUAACUUCAAAAAGAAGCUUGUCAAUAAAAGCCAAUGACAGUUAAUGAAAUCUGCAUUUUUAAAAAAAAAUUUGUGGUGGUUAUAAAGUAUCACUCCCUUCAGUGCACAUAUUACAGAAAAUGCAUUGGUAUGGAUACGGUUGUGCUGAAAAUUAUUUUUGGGUUCCAGACCCUACUUAUACAUCAGAACCUAUUUAAAAAGGGUGUUCUUCACAAAACUUGAGGACAAUUAAUGAAAAAAUAAAUUUCUUCGUGGUCAUAAAGUACCAUCCCCCACCACCCUAAGCUCCCUCUUGGUAGUUCAGGUUAUAGAAAACGCAUUGGUAUUGCCAGGUUUAAAACCUUUCACACUGUCGUCUUUGGCAACUGAAGUUUGAAACUUGUCUCUGAACAGACGGCUUAGGACUAAAAAGGUAAAACACUCUGGCAUCGUCAAUAUACUCUUCUGACACUUUUUGUCCUCCUGUGCUUAUCACUUUACACUUACAUCUGGCCAUACCGAAUUGACUAUACCAUCAGCAAAUGUUUUUGCCUCAUGGUGGAUCACAGUUAAACCUUAAGGAGAAAUGCACAGUGAACUGAAACUACAGAUUCACUCUUGGCAAACUGCAGAACACAAAAUGAUUUACAUGCAGGAGUCACCAUUUCGCAAAUGUGAUGCUGCAAGCAGUACUCACGCAUGUGCUUAUCUAAACCUGUUUGAUUUAUCUUUAAUUGUGAUCUUAAACCAACUUUUACAAUGCUUACAGGAGACACUAUUAAAAUUUACAACUAGGACAUUCUUUUAUGAACACAUUGCAUAUUGUAACAUUCUUUGUGCUGUUAUGCUGAGAAGAAAUAUAAAAUAAAAUUAAUCAAGAAAAAUUUGCAAU